AUGGGCUUUCUCAAUUUUGCGGAACAGGGGGACAGGGUAAGUAACAUUCAGGAGGCUCUGAAGCUCCUGCCAGCCCAUGAUAUUGAGGUUGUGAGGCAUUCCAGGCUCUAUGAGAGCGCGCCAGCAUACGUGACAGAUCAGCCCAGAUUUAUAAAUGCAGCCGUGGCUGUCACGACAUCCUUGGAGCCACGCCAGCUGCUGCAUGCCUUGAAGAAAGUAGAGGCAGAACUAGGGAGGGAGGCUGGGGGCCUGCGCUGGGGGCCAAGGCCCCUGGAUCUUGACAUAAUAUUCUAUGACAGCAUAUCCUGCGACGAGGACGGCCUGCAGGUUCCCCACCCGCGGUGGCAGGAGCGGUCCUUCGUGCAGGCGCCUGUGGCGGACUUGUAUGCUGCGAGCGAGCUGGGUGCGGACUCGGCAGCAGGGCAGAUGGCGCCACCUCUGCAGCAGGUGCAUUCCAUGUGGGCCCAGGCGGGCGGGGAAAGCAGCCUUGGGGGUGCGGACUUGGGCUGUGUGCUCCCCCUGCCCCGCCUGGGCACAUGGGCAUGGCAGGGGCGGAGUCAGGUCAUGGGAAUUCUGAAUGUGACGCCCGACAGCUUCAGCGAUGGAGGGCAGCUGCCCAACGUGGAAGCAGCGUUGGCAGCUGCGCGGCAGAUGGUGGCUGCUGGGGCAGACAUGCUGGACAUUGGGGGCCAGUCCACCAGACCCGGUGCCGACAGGUUGCCUGCAGAGGUGGAAUUGCAGCGAGUGUUGCCUGUCAUCAGGGCACUGGCGGAGGACGAAGCACUGCAGGGUGUGCCCCUGUCCAUUGACACCUUUUAUGCCGAGGUGGCACGAGAGGCGGUUGCUGCAGGGGCGCACAUCGUCAACGAUGUGUCCGGCGGGUCUCUGGACCCUGCCAUGCAUAAAGAGGUGGCGCGCUUGGGGGUCCCAUACAUCCUGAUGCACAUGCGCGGGGACCCGGGCACAAUGGCGUCGCGAGAGCACACCAUGUACGCUGACGUGUGCGCUGAUGUGGGACGCGCGUUGCAAUCCUCCGCAGAGGCGGCCACCAGCUCCGGCAUAGAGCCCUGGCGCAUCAUCCUUGAUCCAGGUAUCGGGUUUGCCAAGACAGCUGAGGGUAAUUUCCAGCUCAUCGGGGGGCUUGAUAAGGUUAGAGCCCAGCUGAAGGGUCCGCUCCACAAUGCCCCGGUACUGGUUGGCCCAUCGCGAAAGAGCUUCCUUGGCAAAAUUACAGGGCGUGAUCAGGCCAAAGAUAGGGACAUUGCAUCGGCCGCAGCGGCAGCACUUUGCGUCUCACGCGGAGCUAACAUUGUGCGGGCCCACAAUGUUGCAGCUGUGCGCGACGCUGUGCGGGUUGCAGAUGCCGUCGUUAGAUCAUCUGAGGGAGUGAACUUGUAA